GGUGGCGCCCGAGCCCAACUUGGCUUCGGCCUCGCCCUCUGCCCAGCCCGCUGGUGUCCCCUCCUUCCCGCGAUUUCGUUUCUUCUCACGCUCCCCCCACCCCCCGCGUCCAGCCCCGCUCUCUCCACCUUGUAAAACAAAGCCGGGGAAAAUGCCUGCCCGUGCAGCUCGGAGCGCGCAGCCCGUCUCUGAAUAAGAAUGGCGGCACCUGACUUGCUGGAUCCUAAAUCUGCCGCUCAGAACUCCAAACCGAGGCUCUCAUUUUCCACGAAACCUACAGUGCUUGCUUCCCGGGUGGAGAGUGACACGACCAUUAAUGUUAUGAAAUGGAAGACAGUCUCCACGAUUUUCCUGGUGGUUGUCCUCUAUCUGAUCAUCGGAGCCACCGUGUUCAAAGCAUUGGAGCAGCCUCACGAGAUUUCACAGAGGACCACCAUCGUGAUCCAGAAGCAAACGUUCAUUUCCCAACACUCCUGUGUCAAUUCGACAGAGCUGGACGAACUCAUCCAGCAAAUAGUGGCAGCAAUAAAUGCAGGGAUUAUCCCUUUAGGAAACACCUCCAAUCAAAUCAGUCACUGGGAUUUGGGAAGUUCCUUCUUCUUUGCUGGCACUGUUAUUACAACCAUAGGAUUUGGAAACAUCUCACCGCGCACAGAAGGGGGAAAAAUAUUCUGUAUCAUCUAUGCCUUACUGGGAAUUCCCCUCUUUGGUUUUUUGUUGGCUGGAGUUGGAGAUCAAUUAGGGACCAUAUUUGGAAAAGGAAUUGCAAAAGUGGAAGAUACGUUUAUUAAGUGGAAUGUUAGUCAGACCAAGAUUCGCAUCAUCUCAACAAUCAUAUUUAUACUGUUUGGCUGUGUACUCUUUGUUGCUCUGCCUGCGAUCAUAUUCAAGCACAUAGAAGGCUGGAGUGCCCUGGACGCCAUUUAUUUUGUGGUUAUCACUUUAACAACCAUUGGAUUUGGCGACUACGUUGCAGGUGGAUCAGACAUUGAAUAUCUAGACUUCUAUAAGCCUGUCGUGUGGUUUUGGAUCCUUGUAGGCCUGGCUUACUUUGCUGCUGUCCUGAGCAUGAUUGGAGACUGGCUGCGAGUAAUAUCAAAAAAGACAAAAGAAGAGGUGGGAGAGUUCAGAGCUCAUGCUGCCGAGUGGACAGCCAACGUCACAGCUGAAUUCAAGGAAACCAGGAGGCGGCUGAGUGUGGAGAUUUAUGACAAGUUCCAGCGCGCCACUUCCAUCAAGCGGAAGCUCUCGGCAGAACUGGCUGGGAACCACAACCAGGAGCUGACUCCUUGUAGGAGGACCCUGUCAGUGAACCACCUAGCCAGCGAGAGGGAUGUCUUGCCUCCCUUACUGAAAACUGAAAGUAUCUAUUUGAACGGAUUGACGCCACACCGUGCAGGCGAGGAAAUUGCUGUUAUUGAGAACAUUAAAUAGCUCUCUCUUUGAAGAGCCUUAGGCAUAGCCAUAGGUGAGGACUUCUCUAUGCUUUUUAUGACUGUUGCUGGUAGCAUUUUUAAAAUUGUGCAUGAGCUCCAAAGGGGAAAAAAAUAGAUACACCCAUCAUGGUCAUCUAUCAUUAAGAGAAUUUGGAAUUCUGAGCCAGCACUAUAUUUUUGAUGAUGCUUGUUGAACGGUCCACUUUCUUUGACGAGUGGAAUAAAACAAGCUGUGUCUGAUGCCUUUUUGUGCCCAGACUGUUUUCUUCCCUUUUUUCCUAAUGUGCCAUAAGGCCUCAGAAUGAAUUAUAAUUGUUUCUGGUAAUAAUGUAGCUUCGAGGGAUCAGUCCUUAACUUUUCAGGGUCUACCUAACUGAGCCUAGAUAUGGACCAUUUAUGGAUGACAACAUUUCUUUUUGUAAAUGGCGAGAAAUUCUUAUGCAGCCUCUUACCUAAGAAAUUUUCUGUCAGUGCCUUAUCUUAUGAAGAAACAGAACCUCUCUAGCUAAUGUUUGGUUUCUCCUUCCCCACCCCACCCCACCCCUAGGCUCACCUCUGCAGUCCUUUACCUCACAACUCCCGUUUGAAUACUUGCUGGAAACAGUGUAUAAAAUGACUGAAAUGAUGAUGCCCGAAGAAUUAGAUGGACAUUGAAGCAACACUCAGAAACCCUAGCGUUAAAGGCACUGCAGAGAAAUGAGGUGCAAAGAUGGCCCCUCUGAGUAUUUAUUUGACUCAGGUACCAAUGGUACAUAUAUACAGUGUAAUUAUUACCAGGGUGGUAAAAUUGGCUGCUCCCAAACAGUCCCUUUAUUCCUGGCAGUAUUUGGAAUAUAUCUUUUAUUAAUAAUGAUACAUUUUUUAAAAGUGGAAGAAGAAAAUCCACAUAUAUAUAUAUAUAUAUGAAUGAUUUGACAGAAGAAAACUGUUAAAAAUGGAUAUUUAUUGGAGGUGAUUUAAGACAAUUGGUGUGAAUUACUAUUCUGAUGAAGAGAAGAUAGCAAACAAUGUGUUAAGAACAUUUGCUAAUAAACAUUAUACUGCCAGCAUCUAUUUGCUUUUUGAUGUAUGAAAGGCUUGUAUGAUUUUUGUCCUUGGGUGACUUUUGCCAGACAAGGGGAGGUGAUGUGGCAGAGCUGGGCACAGCCCUAGCCUUCCGUGGGUGUGCCUCUGGAGUUGUGGCUGAACGUGAGAGCAGCAGUUGAAACUGGGAUCACUGUGAUUUUGCACAUGGAAAAAUGCAGAUUGCAGGCAUAAUUCAUCUCUGACAUUAGAGAAAAAGGUGUAACAGCACAAUUUACAUCUUGAGAGCUUUUUUUUUUUUAGAUAGAAAAGGCUGAUAAUCCUUUUUAGUUUAAUUUUAUAUCCUGUAACUCUUUGGAUGUUUCCAAGAUUCAGAACAAAUUCAGUAAAGGCACCUAGUGGAUUGCUACUCUUUCUUUUAUUUUCAUACUUAGAUCUGCUGUACAAUGUAUAUGUCAUUUUUUAAAUGCAGACAAAAAAUGAUUUCCCUAAAUAUAAUUGCAAAACAUUUCUUUUAUUCUUCGAGGGGGGGGAGGUGUCUGAAUAAGGGACAUUCAGAUUAGGGUCUUAAAAAAUAAACCCAGGAUCUUAAUAAAAAAACAACUUAAUAGAUGCUUAUUUUCCAAAAUUUAAAUUUAAGCUAGAAAUGUAAAUAUUCAGUUAACUUGUUGAAGGUACUUUUAUAAACUUACAAAAUUCUAACCAAAAUUUUAGAAAGUCAGGCUCUUUUAGAAGGAAAGCUAAACCCAUUUCCUCAGUAACUGUUCUGAAAGUUCGUAUGGUGGAAUGCACCAUGUAUAAACUGUGAAUUGUAUUGACAAAUAAAGUUUGUAAUUAAAGUCAGCAUUUUCUGAGUCUCCUGCUUGCUGCUGAGAACUUAGGUCUGAUUGUGGCUAAGUAGGACUCCAGGAUGUCA